AUGGAAGACAAAGAUUCGGUUGCUAAAAUGAUGGACUCUACAUCUUCAAAGAUACAACAGCUGCAAAAGGCUUUUGCUGAACUUGAAAGUUACCGAGCUGUUACUCUUAACAUGAAAUGGAAAGAGUUAGAGGAACAUUUUCAUGGGCUGGAGAAAUCCUUGAAGAGGCGCUUUCAUGAACUUGAAGACCAAGAAAAAGUAUUUGAAAACAAAACAAGGAAAGCUCGUGAAAUGUUGGAUAAACAGGAAGCGGCUGCUUUUGCAAAGGAGCAAGCCUCGCUGCAGAGUCUACAAGAGAAAAGAGAUGUUGCUGUAUUCACCAUUGUAAAUGCCCGAGAAAAAUACAGGAAGGUUUCAUCAAAGGAUUUGGGUAUUGUCUUUAACGGGAUUCAAGGCUCACCAAGUGUCGAGGAGAAACCUGAGGAUGUUGUGUCCACUGGGGGUGAAGCUAACUUAGAAAAUCUGAAACAUUCUCCUGAAAAUGGAAAUGUGGACAUGAUGUCUUAUCCAGAGUUGGUAAAACUAUGCAAAGAGAUAGAUUCAGCUGGACUUCACAAAUUUAUAUCUGAUAAUCGCAAGAACCUUGUUGCUGUAAGGGAGGAAAUACCACUUGCAUUAAAAGCUGCUCCUAAUGCUGCCCGUCUAGUUUUAGAUUGUUUGGAAGGGUUUUAUUCCACUGAAGUGUCAAAUCAGGAUAUAAAGAAGGAUGCUAACUUGUUGGGUCUUCGCCGAACCAGUAUCAUGCUGCUGGAGUGUCUAAGUGAUUUCCUAACUGAAUUGGGUUCUGAUUCUAAUGUGGUUUCUGAAGAUGUCAAGGAUAGAGCAAAAGCAGUUGCUGAAGAGUGGAAACCAAGAUUGGAUACUCUUGACAUUGAUGCUAGCAAUGGGAAUUCCUUGGAGGCUCAUGCAUUUUUGCAACUUCUAGCCAGUUUUGGUAUUGCCUCUGAUUUUAACGAGGAGGAAUUAUCCAGGCUAAUUCCAAUGGUAUCUCGGCGUCGCCAAACUGCUGAUUUAUGCCGGUGCCUUGGGUUGUCGGAGAAGAUGCCUGGUGUGAUUGAAGUUUUAGUAAACAGUGGGCGGCAAAUUGAUGCGGUUAACUUGGCUUUUGCAUUUGAUCUUACAGAACAAUUUUCACCUAUUCCUUUGCUGAAGUCUUAUCUGAAUGAUGCUAAGAAAACUUCUACUCCAGUCAAGAGUGUAAACUCAUCUUCCACUGCACAGAUUGAGGUUAAUGAAAGAGAGCUGGUUGCUCUUAAGUCCGUUAUCAAAUGCAUUGAAGAACAUAAACUUGAUGAGCAUUAUCCUAUGGAUCCUCUCCAGAAACUAGUUAUCCAACUAGAGAAGGCCAAGGCCGACAAGAAGCGAGAAACUGAAGUAACAAAACCUCAACCAAAGAGGCCUCGUGCUAAUGGUGUGGGAUAUGGUCCUCGUGUCACUAUCGUUCCUUCUGACAAAACCUCCUAUACUAGAGUUGCUGACAGGUACCCUCAAUAUGUCUAUAACCAAUCUUAUAUGUACCCUGGCCCAACUGAAAAUCACUGCACCCCUUUUCUAAGUUCGGCAACCUAUAAUGUCUCUCCUAAUCCUGGAAAUUACUUCGGAAAUGGUUACCAGUAUCAAGCUACAUAUCUCCACUAA